CCACAUUAUUAUUCACAUGUCCUAGGACUGAUGGUAUUAGUUAUAAGGCUUCCCUUAAAAACUGAUAUCUUCAAAUCAUUCGGUGGCAGAAGGCAUCGUUUCAGAAGUCAGGAUGCAGUACACACCUUUCGCCUCAGAUAUAGAACUCCCAUUCUAUACUUCUCUGGCUUCUCUGAAGAUCAACCAUGAUAAGCUAGAUGAUUCUGCCCGCAAAAUAUUAGGACUCUAUGAGAUUCGAGUCACGGAUAGUGCGAACGCCUCAUGUCGAAUGCAGAUUCACGGUGAUGCCUUGACAAGUGAUGCGGUCUCAUCAGGUUAUUACCGAGCUGAAGGCACGAUCAAGAAUGUGAACACAAUUGAAGAGUACCGCAACGCAGACAGGGGGGCGAUACUUCAACAAGCAGGAAUGACAAUAUGGAAUGCGAUUAUUGACGGAACUAUUUAUGCAUGUCCGUCAUUACUUGCGCACUUUGCUGUACUCUCUUUCGCGGAUCUCAAGAAGUACAGAUUCAGCUAUUGGUUUGCAUUUCCUGCGAUACACUCAGAUCCAGUUUGGGUCACAGCCAACCCGGAUGGAGAGGAGAGUUUAUCAAAUCUGAGAACCCUAUCCCGGCAUGAAAGUGCGGCACUCAGCCAUGCUGUUCAUGUGUGGAGCUCUAGCAUAGAUAGUUACCAGAGAGGAUUUUUCCUCGCACGGAAGAACAGAUAUGCCAUCACAAACGAACCCGGAGUGGAUUCUCCCGAACCACGUAUAGUGCAGGGAAACAGCACGUUCGACUCACAUACCAAAUCUGACUUCUCUUGGGAAAUAGCUCCACUUGAAGCCUAUGAGUCGGGGUUUUUUGAUGGACGGAAAUUUGAAGAUUGCUAUACGUGCUUUGCAGAUCCGUCAAAUUAUACAAAUGCUCCGGGCUGGGUGCUUAGGAAUCUACUUGCACUGGUGAAACACCGCUGGCACCUCGAGAAGGUUCAGAUUUUGCGAUAUCGAUGCUCACAAUUAUCUCCUGCAGAGGACUGCAGUAGUGUAUUAAUACUGGAGUCCAAGAUUUCGACUCCAUCUCACAUAGAGUCCUCUCCUCGAACCAUGCCUAAGGUGACAGGCUGGGAACGAAACCUCGCGGGCAAGCUCACUGGAAGGACAGUGGAUCUCACAGAGUAUAUGGACCCCAAAAGAUUAGCUGACCAGUCAGUUGAUUUGAACCUCAAGCUUAUGAAAUGGCGAAUUAGUCCACACUUGGAUCUUGAUAAGGUCAAGCAGACAAAAUGUCUUCUGCUUGGGGCGGGAACUUUGGGAAGCUACGUUGCUCGAAAUCUACUGGGAUGGGGUGUUAGAAAGGUUACAUUUGUGGACAACGGAUCAGUAUCUUUUUCAAACCCUGUGAGACAACCCCUUUUUAGAUUCUCCGAUUGUUUGCAGGGUGGCGCCAAAAAGGCCCUUCAGGCGUCUAGAGCAUUGCUGGAGAUUUACCCAGGAGUCGACACUGCAGGACAUGUUCUUUCUGUGCCAAUGGUUGGCCAUCCUAUGUCAAACACCGACCACACUCGGAGGGAAUUCGAACUUCUUAAGAACCUCAUCGAGGAGCAUGAUGCUAUAUUUCUACUCAUGGACACUCGUGAAGCACGAUGGUUGCCCACUGUUAUUGGAAAAGCAGCAGGGAAGAUUGUGAUGAACGCCGCACUCGGUUUUGAUACAUUCGUUGUCAUGCGUCAUGGCGUCAAAAACGCCUCGGAUCCAGGUUCGGAACUUGGCUGUUAUUUCUGCAAUGACGUUGUUGCACCAGCAAAUUCUGUCAAGGACCAGACCCUCGAUCAGCAAUGCACAGUUACUCGGCCUGGGGUAGCCGCAAUUGCGUCAGCGCUUCUAGUUGAGCUCUUCGUAUCGAUUUUACAGCAUCCUAUGGGCGCUGCAGCACCGGCCUCUGCCCCAGGAAGUGAGGAUGGAGAAAACCAUCCGCUAGGCAUUCUUCCCCAUCAGAUAAGGGGCUUCCUGUCAACCUUCGAAAAUAAAUCGGUCCUGGGUAAAAAUUAUGACUGCUGCAGUGCAUGCUCAGAUAAAGUGAUCGAUGCAUAUAAGCAAGGCGGUUGGGCAUUCGUAGAACGAGCCUUAGCCGAAGAUGGAUAUGUGGAAACUCUGAGUGGUCUUAAAGAGGUUCAGCUAAGAGCAGAAGCAGCUGCAGAUAUUGAAUGGGAUGAAGGAUCAGAGGAGGACACUGAAGAGAUAGAAUUGGUGUGAUUCAUGUGGAAUUACCUAAGUUUGAAGUUUAAUUGAAUGUUAGAUACUUGUCAUGUUCAGAAAAUUUCAAGACAUCCUUUUACAAAGACUCUUUCUUGCGAUUAAGACCAAUGAAAU